AUGCAGAAUCCAAACAAAAAGGAAAAAUCCAUUUUCGCAUCGACGGUGCUCAUAGCACGCCCGUUCCUCUCGGUCAUUCCAGAGGUGCGUGCUCCACUCAGGUCACUGAAUAUCAACGACAAGCUGUUUUGGACAGCAAUGGCCAUCCUGGUCUACAGCGUGGCAUCACAGGUGCCACUUUUUGGAAUGGUCAACAAAAACACCAAGGAUCCACUCGAGUGGCUGCGAGUGAUGAUGGCAUCGAACAGGGGCACCCUCAUGGACAUUGGAAUCGGCCCAGUUGUCUCUGCGUCCAUGAUAAUGAACUUCCUGACUACGGCUGGAUUGGUAGUCGUAGACUACAGCGUGGUCCAGGACAAGGUGCUCUACGAGUGCCUGAGCAAGAUGUUUGCCAUCACAAUCACGGUGCUGCAGGCCAUUCUCCAGAUUCAGACUGGCUUCUACGGCCCAACUGAGAAUAUUCCACUUGCUUUCAAAUGCAUAAUAUUCGUCCAGCUUCUCUUUUCUGGGCUCAUAAUAAUUCUACUUGACGAGAUGCUUCAGAAGGGAUACGGCUACGGAAACGGCGUGAACCUCUUCAUCGUGGCCAACGUGUGCGAGAAGUUCGUCUGGUCUGCGCUGAGCCCGCGUGUCUUCUACACUGGCCGUGGAAUGGAGUUCGAAGGCUGCCUUGUUUCACUGGUGCAUAUUUUGUUCGCCAGGAGGAAUAAGCUUAAUGCCCUCUACGAAAUAUUCUUCAGGGAGAAUCUGCCCAAUUUGGCCCAAUUCGUCUACACCGCCCUCAUCUUCGCAUUUGUGAUCUACAUCCAGCAGCUCAGGGUCGAGCUGAGCGUCUACUCCCUCAGGGCAAAGGGAGUGAAUGAGAUCUACCCAAUCAACCUGCUCUACACCUCAAACACGCCCAUUGUUCUACAGGGGCAGCUUUGCAGCCACCUCUCUCUCGUCAGUCGACUGCUCUUUGGAAAGUGGCCAGAAAACAGGCUCGUACGCCUUCUUGGUAUCUGGGAAAUGGACUACAAACACGGCCAGAUUCCAAUUGGUGGCCUCGUCCACUACAUUACGCCACCACUUUCAGUCACAGACGGAGUCAGUGCCCCAAUUCACUUUCUGAUCUAUCUCACAUUCACAUUCUCCCUUGCUGCGCUGAUGAGCAAGAACUGGAACGACAACCAGGGCGAGACGGCCGAGAAGGUGCAGCAGAAGUUCAAGAGCCAGGGCAUCUCAAUCAAGGGCGUCAGGGACUCAAACACGCUCGAGAAGCUCAACGAGUACAUUCCAGUUGCAUCGGUGCUGAGUGGGCUGGUGACGUCAUUCGUGAUCGUAUUCUGCGACAUCACCAGCACAAUUGGAUCGGGAACAAACAUGUUUCUGGCAGCAUCGAUCAUCCACCAGUACGCGAAACUCGUGUUCAAGGAGGUUGCUGGUCUCAACAACAAGAUCAUGAUGGACUGA